AUGGAUACGGGAGGUCCACCGAAGCCAGUGGACGACACUGACAUGACUGAAGACGAUGCCGAGAUGGAAUGCGUUUCGGACGAAGAAGGAAUACCUGGAGGCGCAGGCGCUUCGAGCACUUCGGGCACAGCCACGACCGAGGCAGAUAUGGAAGAGUCCGUUGAGUCUUCCGAACCAGUGGCUGAGACCGAAGUCGAGAUGAAAGACUCCGCCGAAACUUCACCGCGGACGGCCGAGACCGAAGCCGAGAUGAAAGAUUCCGCCGAAACUUCGAAUUUGACGGUCGAGACCGAAGCCGAGAUGAAAGAUUCCACCGAAACUUCAAAGCUGACGGUCGAGACCGAAGCCGAGAUGAAAGACUCCGUCGAAGCUUCACAGCGGACGGUCGAGACCGAAGCCGAGAUGAAAGAUUCCGCUGAAACUUCACAGCCGACAGCAGAGAAGAAAGACUCCGCUGAAACUUCACAGCCGACGGCAGAGAAGAAAGACUCCGCUGAAACUUUACAGCUGACGGCUGAAACCAAAGCCGAGAUGGAAGACCUUCCCGAUACUUCCCUGUCAGCGGCCGUUGCCGGUCCUUCACGUACCAAGCAAGUGGCAGAGUCAUCGUCAUCGGACGCAGAAACAACAGAGCAACGCUCUAGCGACGAGGGCAGGAUGGUCGUAUCUCCGUCGCAGCCAUCCACGUCGCGGGGUCUGGGGGCCGCAACACGCCCGCUCGAUUUGCCGUUGAAGUCACGUCGUCGCAAGCACCCCGUGACGCCGGACGAAGAGCGUCAAAGUGCAAGCUCCACCUCCGUUUCUCCAGCAGCCAAGCAGCCCAGGCACUCGACGUCCUCGGACACCGAAGAUGGACCGACGCCGGCGGAGAGAGCUCUGGCGGAGGCGUGCGCCCUAGAGCGUCCGAGCGCGAAUGCCGAACUUUCCUACUCUGACUUGUCUUCCAGCGGCUCGGCGAGGCCGCGACCUUUGUCGCCUCCGUCGCUCGCCGCGAAUAGCACGCCCGAUGUUAGCUCGGGUAUCUACAGCGAUAUGUCCACGCCCUCGAACGUUCCUGACGAGGAAGAGGGGGGCGAGGAAGCUCCAGCGAUCCGACCGGAUACCCCGAGUGAAGGCGAAGGCAUGGCAGCAGGCGAAGGCAUGGAAGUAGGCUCCGCAUCCAGCAGCAGCGAUGGUAGCGCUCGACAACCCGGGGACCCGAGGCCCGAGGAAUCGCCACACCAAGACUCACCGGUGCCGUUCGCCGAAGGCAGCAGCGCGCUCCAAGCGUCCUCAUGUGAGUCCCUCGGGAAACCGAUAGCGAGGAGGCCCGUCCUGCUGUGUCCCGACAGCAGCACCACGACUAGCAGCGUCUCCUCACCUUCGGACAGCAACGCGGGAGGAGGGGUUGGAGUCUUGUCCAGGACCACCUCGUUCCAAGAACCUAGAACGUCGCAGCCCGAGCCUGCAGAAGACCUACCCAGAUCUGAGACUUUCGCGGGACCCCUGUCGUUGCCGACAAGCCCUGACGGAAGCAAAUCGCCUGCUUCUUGGACCUUGCCGCCGGCAGAGAUCUUGGGCCGAGCACCCGACAGCGACGAGGCCCAGCAGCAGCAGGAGGGCACGUCUACGUCCAUUUCGCCUCGUUUACGUAGUUCCCAGCAGGAAAGCAAGCAGCACCCCAGGACUUCGUCGUCUUCAGACCCACACUCGCCGGGACCGUCCCGUGGCCGGGUUCUUGAAAAAGAAAUGUCUUCCCCGACGGCCGGGCCAUCUGGGGAGGCAGGAACGUCCGGCCACGGAGCCCUUUCCGGGCCUUCCUCUCGGGAAGAAGGUAGGGGCCAACAGGAAGGGACCACCGCUUCUACCAUUAGUGGACAGGCGUUCGGUUCGUCCACAGGGAGUGGUCAGUCACCCCAGCCUAUGCCCAUGGAGGAGGAGUCUGAGGAUUCCGAGGCGCACCUCCGCCGCUACAAGCAACAAGCUUCCGUGUUCAGCCGCGAACUAGUGACGCCCUUCAGGGACCCACAGUCCCAGCGCACUAUGACUGUUGAAGAGUGGGACGCCGCGAAGCGUUCUACUGGCAGUACUAGCGGCCAGACUUCGCAAGAGCACCAACCGGGACACUCCACCGGGCAGCCAGGUGACGACAGCAAUUCCUGA